UCUCUAUACUGUUUUAGCGGGGCGCCGCUCCGGAGGGGAGAACAAGUGCUCACCAGCCCGUCGCUUGGACUUUUUGGAGCUGUCCCCUCCACUCCUCCGAAUCUACUCGGUUUGGGGUGAUCUCCCCCCGCCUUCCCCGCCGCAACCUGCUUGCAGAGAGGAGAGGCGGGCUUGCAUCCGAAGCGCGUGUACACAGACAUGCAGUAAAACAUUAACCAGCAGCCGUGAUUUCCCCAUCUCCACCGGUGCCUGCGCUGCCCCAUGGCUGGCCACGAAUGGGACUGGUUUCAGCGGGAGGAGCUCAUCGGGCAGAUUAGCGACAUCCGAGUGCAAAACCUCCAAGUGGAGAGAGAAAAUGUACAGAAAAAGACUUUUACCCGGUGGAUAAAUCUGCAUUUAGAAAAGUGCAGCCCUCCUCUGGAAGUGAAAGAUUUGUUUGCUGAUAUUAAAGAUGGCAAAAUUUUGAUGGCUUUACUGGAGGUUCUCUCAGGGCAGAAUUUGUUGCACAAAUACAAGCCUUCGACCCAUCGUAUUUUUCGACUGAACAAUAUUGCAAAAGCCCUUAAGUUUUUGGAGGAUAGCAAUGUAAAACUGGUUAGCAUUGAUGCUGCAGAAAUAGCAGAUGGAAACUCUUCCAUGGUACUCGGCCUGAUAUGGAACGUAAUCCUGUUUUUCCAGAUUAAGGAACUCACAGGCAACCUCAAUAGGAAUUCCUCCUCUUCCAGCUUGUCGUCUGGGCCCAGCGGGCCUGAUUCAGACACAUCUCAUCCCAGCACACCUAAUGUUGAGAAAAACAUGUCUGUCUCAGUGAAGGAUCAGCGGAAAGCAAUCAAGGCCCUUCUAACCUGGGUUCAAAGGAAAACACGAAAGUAUGGAGUUGCAGUUCAGGAUUUCACCAGCAGUUGGCGAAGCGGUCUUGCUUUCUUAGCUAUAAUCAAAGCAAUAGAUGCUAGCUUGGUAGACAUUCAGCAAGCUUUGGAUAAAUCAUCUCGGGACAAUUUAGAGGAUGCCUUCACAAUAGCUCGAGACCAUCUGGGAAUUCCAAGACUUCUGGAGCCAGAAGACAUCAUGGUCGAAUCACCCGAUGAACAGUCUGUAGUGACCUACAUUGCACAAUUCUUGGAGAAUUUCCCAGAGCUGGAAGGGGAAGAUUUUUCAGACCCAGACAAGGAACUUCCAAUUGAAUCUACUUAUGUCCAUGUCAAAGACACACCAGUGGAAGAAAAACCAGAGAAGAUCUUAAUUCUGAAUGAAAAUGGUGGGCACACCUAUACCACUCACUGGGACAGAAGCCAAUCACCACCUCCCAAAGUCCACAUUCUUGAUCUGCCUCUUGAUCAGGAGGACUCGAAUUUGCAUAUGGCAAAUCAGCUCCAUGACAAUCUGAGCAAACCUUUAUCUGACCAUUCAGAAACUCUCACAGAAUCGCUGCAUUCAGAAGCUCUUCAGAGGCCCACCUCUUUGCCAGUUAUAGAACCUGCUGGUUUUCAGUCCAGCCCCGUUCCCAACAGCACUGCCAGUAAAAUCAGCGAGCCUGAAUUGAACCUGCGUAAUUCACUGAAGAGGAAAGAUAAGCUUCCGCCUGAAGUCUUUAUGAACAGUGAACAUCCCAUUGACCCAUCUCAUUCUUCAGAAGACAGCCAAGAAGACAUUGACGUACAGGGAUCAUUCAACCAAACACAAGAACCGCUUGGUGAAUCUCUUGAUUCAUUACCUCGGACUUCGCAUCCACUUGAAAACACAUCAGAUCUGACAAAGGAAUAUCCAGCGUCAGAUUCACCAGUGGAACAGACUGCACAAAAAUAUAUAUUAGAAAUGCUGCACGAAGAGAUAUCUAAACUUCCAGAAACAGUGGAUUCUGCAGACGGAGAAGCUGAGACAUCUGAUCUCACAGAUAAUUCUGAUGUGUCUUUACCUUCUCCAGCCGAAUAUCUCCCUCCACCAAUCAGAAACUCACCCAAGAGUUUAGAUACUACUAAACAAGGCUCAUCGUUGCCUCAGAUGACACCAAACUCUUCUAAAGUUUCUGUCAUUCCCCAUGAACUCUUCUAUUAUCCACAUUACGAUGUUCCUAUAUCAGCAGUUCUGGAUGCCUUUACUACCCCUGUGGCAGAUUCAUUUCUUCCUGAAAGCAAUAAAAUCUGUCCUGAGGUUUCAGAGAACAGUUUAGAUGAGAAGGAGCCACUUGCCCUGGCUAACGAGGAAGGUGGUCUAAAGCCAGGCCUAUCCGCCAACGUGGAGGUCUCUCCAACACCAACUGAGGACAUCGUUUUGGGGAAACGAAAGAGAAAUAGUCAUGCCAAGUCUUCUUGGAACAAUGCAGAAGCUAAUGUAGGAUGGAGUGCUGUGUCUAAAGCCAAAAGUACUGUUUCCUCUUCUCAGAAGGAUUCUGCACGUCCUGAUGUCCCAGUGAUCAUGGUCAAUCAAUUUGAUACUACAGCAGUGCCUGAAGAAAGAAAAACGACAGAAGAAAGAAGUAAAAGGAAAGAAAAAAGGAAGAACAAGGGCAUUUUCCAAGGAGAGAACACUCAAGGUGCAAAAGCCGGCUCCACUCGGUUGCUAGAUAAACUAGAAGAAGAUUCUGCGGAUCAUCAGGGGUUCUCAAGGGCCUGCUACAGUGAUUCCAAUGUCGUUUUCCAAAGAAUUACUGAUCGAGUUAGUAAGGAAAGUGUUGGUACUGAUGAUGAGAAAAGCGCAGUCAUUAGUGAAAGUUUUACUUCUUCAACCAGGAAGAGAAAAGGCCUGGAAACGAAAGACUCUCCGGACAAGGCCAGCCCACAUAGCAGCACGUCGCACUCAGACCAGCCCGAGUUGUUUUAUUUCAUUGUUUUCCUCUGGGUCCUUGUCUACUGCUUAUUGCUCCUCCCGCAGCUUAUUAGCAACCCCCUUUGAUGCCUGUGAAUGAGGAAGAAUAAUAAAAGAAAGUGGCUUGAUUUUUUUUCAUUCAUUCGUUCAGGUGAAAGGAUGGUCCAAAAAUACGGGACCCGUCUUGGAAGGCAGUCGCUUUGUAGCUCUUUUUCUCCCAUGUUCUCCCAUGAAUUCUUGUACACAUUUGUUUUUGUACAUAGAUUAUAUUUAUAAAGAUAUAUAUGUAUAUAAAUAAUGAAACAGUGGGGUGAAAAAAAUUCCGUAUUCCCAGUUUUUAUACGUAUGUGCCUUGCUUUAUAGGAUCUUAAAUUUACAAACAACGAAUAUAGUAUUUUAGGGAAAUGCUGUAGAUUUAGAGGUCUCUGGUUUUCACAGUUCACUUGGGAUUAUAAUUGAUUUAGAACCGUGAAAUAUGCCCAAAAUGUAUAUGCAUAUAUAUUCUAAUGUUUCUUUCCUGGUGGGAAUUUGGGGGUGGAGGAACUUUCUAAUCGCUGGAACUCAAUGUGUUAUGACUGAGUGGGUGCAGCCUUGGAGAACUUGUUUCCAAUUCAAAUCAUCUGACUUAGGGUUGGAAUCCAGCCCCUCUUGAUUUAAUACACCUUUGUAGGCAAAGCAGAUAUGCUCUAGCUGAAAAUGAAGGAGAGACUAUUCAUUUCCAGUGGAAACGUAGCAGAAUUUUAUUGGGAACUUCGUAGUGUAUUGAGGGGCACCCUUCAUAUUGAAAUGAAGUAAUGAAGCCAUGUCUUACCGACUGAGACAGGAAACUGUCCGUUUUCUAUUUGAGUUUUCCAUACAAACCAGCGAAAAAUUGAGUAUGUGGUUGCUGUCAACUUUAUGACUUCAUUAACCUUGCUCAUCUGUGGAUCUAUUUCUUGAGUGUCCUUAUGUAAAUGUCAUAUGACUGGUUAACUCUGUUUCUGUAAGGUACCUAUUAUAGAUGUCAUUUACCUUCUCCUUCACACAGCAUACAUUUGCUUCUCUUUCUGGGAUGUGAAAGGAUUUGGACCUGCAAAGCAGCUGAUAGGGGCUGAAGCUUGGGUUUGUCCAGAAAUUGAAAAUGUGUCUGCCUGUUAGGAAUGUAAGAAAUGCUCUGAAUGAUCAUAUCAGCAACCAAUCUAAUUAAUUGGUCUUCCGCUAGUUAGAUUCCUCCAGGAAGACUGCAGGGCUUCUCCACAUCGUGUGGUACUCAGAUAUACUGCCUCUGAAUAGGGAAGCUCCAUUUAACUGACACCCUAUCCUCCUAAACGGUUUUCAAAACCUUGUGAUGGAUAAUCUAUGACAAUUACUUGCCUGUUGUUCAUCUCUUUCCUGGGUUAGUCCUGCACUCUAUAAAAUAAGGUAUCUUCCACUUUGCUAUUCUCUCACUGAUUCGGCUAACAGUCAGAGAACAUGGGAAUGGAUUUCUGUACGUGUCCCUAGCUUGCUGAGAAAACAUGGGUUGUUACUUUGAACACCCAAGCUAUGUAUAACCCAAGUCUUUGUGAAUGAAGCUAUGUAUAACCCAAGGCACACGUCUUUGUGAAUGAAAUACUCUUUCUUCUUCAGAAUCACACUAGUGUAGCCGGACUGAAAGGAAAAUCUUUCUCCUGCCACAUCUCACUCUAAGGAACUGCCGCAUCCAAUUCAGGCAGUGACCAACCUAAGCAGGAAUCAAGAGAUCCCCUGAUAAGUUUCCAAAAACUAAGUUAGGAAAAAAUGCUGAGUUCUUAAAUGUGGUAUGAUUGAAGAUAAUUUUAUUGAGCGGAGUAGUUAGCACACUGGCAGAUAAUAUUGGACAUGGAAUAACACUACCAAAUCCUGGAAUGUCCAUUCAAAGUUGCAAGUAUUCCAAAACACCUAUUGUCUAAAAGAGGAAAUCAAGAAGUUGAAAGAGGUAAAGCCAGAUCAUCAGGCAUGGCUUAGAGCUUCCAGUCCAGGCAGGUUCCAGACACCAGUUCAGAUUGUUGGGCAGGACUUCCAAAAAUCUGGGCAGCCAGUAAUCUAUAACAUAAAUGGUAAGAUAGAACACAGCAUAGAGGUCUGUGUGCUGUUCAAAUCCCGGUGACUCGAAGCCAGAUAGAGACUCCAGUCCAAACCAUACUUCUCUAGGGUCCACUCAGCAUGGGCCCAAAACAACACCCCGGAACAGUAAAAACACCGUUCCGGGGGUGCUGUUCAGAUGGCUGCAGCCUCUGCAUUGAGGCAGCGUCAUGCUUUUCCCCUGUAACCGGCAGAGAAACGCUCUUUUCCUGGUUUUGGGAAACUGUUUCUCUGCCAGCGCCAUGCAAACGGCACCGGGCUGGAGUCACCGCUUUUCGGCACCUCCAUUUCCUCCCACACUUACCUUCUCUCCCUGUGGAGUUCUGCAGGGACGGGGAGAGGAGGUCGGAAAGCAGCAUGGGUGUGCCUGUCCCUGUCCCUGCAGAGCUCCACAGGGAAAGAAGGUAAAUGUGGGGAAAGAAAAUGGAGGUGCCUCUGUGUGGAGGUGCCUCUGCGGGCCAUGGCUGCUCUGGGGCCGCUUACACCUCAGCGUGUGAACGGCCUCAGGGCCCCCGCAGCAUCAUAUAUGCCGGUGGGAAGCCUCUUCCCUGGCCCAUGCGGAGUGGGUCUAGGAUGCCCAUCACAGCAACUUCUAUUAACAUUUUUAGAAAUACAGGCAGAGGGACUUGUGGCUCAGUGGUCGAGCAUCUGCUUUGCAUGUAGAAGAUCCCAAAUUCAUUCUCCAGCAUCGUCAGUUAAACAGAUCAGAUAGCAGGUGAUACAAAAGGCCAUAACCUGAGACCCUACAGAGCCACUGCCAGGUACAUCAGACAAUAUUGACCUGCUAGCUUCCUGUGUGUAUAUGCCUCUAUUCACAGGUCUCAUCUGUCCUAUCAGCUUUGGGCCUCUUGAAUGAGUUCUAAUUUUUAAUUCAUGACUUUUGGAUGGCUCUGAAGCAGUGUGAACAAAAGCACGCCUGCACUGUGUUUACUUUUCUUUUAGACACCUAGAAAUCCUGUUACUAUUGUCUGCAGCUUCGCUUUCCAAAUAGAAGUUUCAUUCUCUGACCUCCCUUUCAGCCUCAGAUUAACAGUACACGAAGGGGACUUCUAUACACAUGACAUAAUUUGGUUGUUUUGUACCAUUCGCUUUUGUUUUGGCAAGCAUCAUAUUCCCUCUAAUAUUUUUCUAAAACCGAGAAGUUUUUUUCUGUGUUUUUUUUUUAAAAAACAGGGAGUCAUUUAUAAAGAGCAGCAUGACACUUUAGAAAUUGUUUUGUCACACUGCUUGAUGCUACUGAUAGCCUUCCAAAAAGAUUCCUCUGCCAGGAAAACAAAAGGACCACAAGGAAAGCUAUAUUAUUUUCCUUUCCGCCCCGGUGCUUACUGAAUAUCUAUUCGAGCAAGCAGAGAGCUCGGAUUAAACCUGGCACAGUCUGCAGCUGCUGCUCCAGACAUUAUGCACUUGAUAGAUUAUGCCAUUUAGCAAAACAGUGUUUAUUCUGUAUGUCACAGGCAGUGCUGAGAAAUCUUUCUCUUUGUAAUUUUGGAAAGCGGAGGAUGGUGACAUAUGGCCAUCAAGCCAGGUGCUUACCUGUACAGUCCAUUUCCUGCUAGUCUUGGCAUGAUUUGGAGAGUAUUAUAUUGAGGACAAGAAGGUACUUUAUUUCGAGCACACACAAUACAGUCGUGCCCUAUGGAAACAGGCAGAGAAGACAGCUUAAAAUUAUAGCGCCAUCUUGUCCCGUUUGCUCACUGAGAUGGCCAAGGGGAACUUUGAGCUGAAGAAAUAUAAAAUCAUCUCUUCCAACACUCUGUCCUUUGGCAAUAGAUCUUAUACCCGAAGCAUCUUUGACAGAUGCCUGCUCACUCUUUUCAUGUUCCGAGGAUGGAAAUUCAGCAACUUCCUUAGACAAACUGCUCUCGUAUAGGACUGCUCUUUACGGUUAAGAAAUUGGUUGUUCUCUUAACUUGAAAUUCUCUGUCACGUUUCUUUAGCUUGUGCUUCUGAAUGUAAAAUCCCGAGAUCCAUCACUUUUAUUUUUAAAAAAGAGAAAUAGUAGCUGUUGCGGUUCUAGCAGGAAAAAACGAGAAGCUCGCCCUCGUUUUUUACUUCUGACUCCAUGUCUUUUCAUAAUUCCAUGGGUGGGAUACAGACAGCUUUUUUAUUCAGUCUCACCCUGCUCUUCUCCUUACUAUCACCUCCAUCUCACAAGGCUUUUGUAUAUGCAAAUCCUACUAUUCUCAGAAUAGUUUCUGUCAUUAUGGGGGAACUUCUCUUUUAUUUUUAGCUUAGGAAAAGUUAACCCAUUAUCAAAUAACAAAAAGCUUUUUUUCCCAUUGGAAGGUCAAAUGACUGUGCAUCAGGGUUUUUUUUCUCCUUUGGGAUCUACAGUAUAGUUCAUUUUAUUUAAUGCUAACUUCAGUGAUUUGAAGAAUAUAUUCUCUGGCGUUUUCCUUGAGCGGAGACAAUCUGAAACAUGCUGUUACUGAGAGACGUUUUAUUUUUAAAGCACAGAAAUAAGUGAGCACAUGUACAAAUGCUUCCCACUUUUUCCCAGGUGUGUUUUCCUGGUCAGUUGUAUACACUGAAUGUUUGCACUUAAUCUUCAAAAACAUUUGCUUGUAAAAUAAAUGAAAUGCUUUAUGUAUAGUUGGAACAAACUACAGGAAGCAAGUGUUUUCACAAAACCAUUCUUUGAAGGAAAAAAAAUAUGCAUUGGUGAAUAGCUGAAGACUUUAUUUUCUAACAUCUCAAAUUUUCAAAUAAAUGGAUGGAUUUUCUGUACUAAA